CGCGGACCGUUCCAGUCGUCGCAGUCGCCGUUCGCCAGUUCAGUGUCGGUGCAGACGCCGCGGCCGUCGUCAGAGCGCUGACAUGCUGGUGCUGAGAGUACGUACAGUGCGACGAGACCGUGUGGUGCAGUGAUGCCUUGUUGAUGUUGAGAUGUGGCUGAGUGCGAUCCUCCCCCUGGGGUUCUUCAUCGUCGCCGGUGCUGUCACGGAAACUUGUAACCCAAAAGCCUGUAGCCGAGAUGCGGACGCCGAGAAAGCCGUCUGCGGCUCGGACGGACUGUCAUACCCCAACAGAUGCCUGCUCGAGCGCGCCCGUUGCAAAAACCAAAACCUGACGCUGGUCAAAAGGGGGCCUUGCAAGCAGCAGCGCGCCUGCCUCGAGUGGGACUCCUACCUAGUGGCCAACCCCCUGUAUAAUAAUAGUUUUAAGCCCAAGUGUCGGCCAGACGGCACCUACGAGCUGGCUCAGUGCCACCCCGACACCGGCGCCUGCUGGUGCGUAACCCCCGAAGGUCUGCCCCUGCCGUACACCACCAGCCGGCGGGGCAAGCCGCGCUGCGGCCGGAAGCGGAAAUCCACGAGGCGGCGUUCGCCCAGCCGGAAACACAAGAACCGGAUAUGCAAAAGGGCCGAUAAGGCCACGCUCAACAACAACCUCAUCAACAGUUUUCACUCCGAGUUCAACAGGGACACCGGCAAAAACGAGUCGGACACCGUGGUCAUCACGUGGAAGUUUCGCGCCCUGGACCUCAACGGCGACGAGGUGCUGGACAAGACGGAGUACCGUGACCUGCGCAAAGUGGUGAAGAAAGCGGUCCGUCCCAAGCGCUGUGCCAAGAACUUCCCGCGGACGUGCGACGUGAACAGCGACCAGCUCAUCGGGCUGCAGGAGUGGGCCGAGUGCCUCACCAGGGACGGCAUAGAUGAUGGGCGUAGCCAGAACACAUCCAACGACAGCGGAGACGACUCCGAGGACUACGAGGAGGCUAUCAGUGCGAACAGGUCGCCACCGCACGGAGUUCUCAGUCCUGGCGUAAUAAUUGGACCUAACUAUGAAGAGGAAUCUUCAGAGAUUCGUGAAGAAACGGAACCCACGGACUGUCUUUCCGACAGAAACGUGUCACUGUCCGAAGGAUACCAGCAGUUGUACGUACCCGAAUGUACUCCAGACGGCAGAUACCAAAAGAUCCAAUGUUACAAGUCUGCAGGAUACUGCUGGUGUGUCAACGAAGACACGGGGAAGAAUAUCCCGGGAACUUCCAUAAAGAACGGCACCCCCAAGUGCGACCAGCUGAAAACGUCAAACAAGACCAUGAAAGGCUGUCCGGAUGACAAAAAAAUCAUCUUCCUCAAGGAACUCCUCCAGUUCCUUCAUAGUAGGAUGUCGGAGAUAGUGAACAGCACGACUAGCUUCAGCAGCUUGGCGUGGAUAGCUUCUAAGGAGGAGCAGGCCGCUACUUGGAGCUUCGUGGUGUUCGACAAGAACAAGAACAAAAUGCUGGAGAGGAACGAGUGGAAAACGUUCAAAGAUAUGGUGGGUUCCAUCAAGGGCCUGCGGAAAUGCGGCAAGAAGCUGCCGAGGUACUGUGAUAGUAAUAAGGAUAGGCAGAUCAGUAUGACCGAAUGGUUGGAAUGCCUCAACGUGCAACAAGGUAUUUCCACCAAUUCGUCGCCACCAUCAUCGAGAGCAGGCAAGAAGAAUCCCUUGAGUAUGUUGAAAGACGAUUAGUGAUACGGCGAUUAUUCGUGUUACGAACAUUGGCGGAAGUGCUUCAGACUCAGACAGAGACUGCCGAAAUGCGCUUUACCGGGACUGGCUCUGGAGGCCUUUUAUCAACGAUUUGUGAUUAUAGUGUAGUGUAUAGCUUUUACUCGGACCUAUAUAUAGGAUGGUCCUAAGGAUGUAGAGUGCCCUUUUUAGCGAUUAUCCUGUAUAUAAAUAUUAUAUGAAAGUGCAUUAUGCUUAUUUAUUUGAAAAAAAAAAGAUACUACUUACUAACUGCUACAAAGUAUUACACUUUCGUGAAAGUUGGAUGUAUGUAACCGUUAUUGAAUUUGUUCACAAUUUGUAUCACUUUAAAAAGUAUGACCAAAAAUAUAAUCUACGAUUUUUUAAGUUCAUAUCCCAAGUUUUAGUUUUUGCGAGAGUGUAAUAGUAGUUAAAAAAAAUAAAUGAAAACUCCCAAUUAAAUUGCCUUGUUAAUGUAAUAAAUCAAAUUUAAAAUAA